UCGAGAGGAUUAGCAUCAUGGUGAUCCUGCUCAACUGUGUGACACUGGGCAUGUACCAGCCCUGCGAGAACAUCGAUUGCACCUCGGACCGCUGCCAGAUACUGCAGGCCUUUGAUGCAUUCAUCUACAUAUUCUUUGCCUUGGAGAUGGUGGUAAAGAUGGUGGCUCUUGGGAUCUUUGGCCGUCGCUGUUACCUGGGAGACACCUGGAACAGACUGGACUUCUUCAUAGUCAUGGCAGGGAUGGUAGAGUACUCACUGGACCUGCAGAACAUCAACCUGUCAGCGAUUCGGACAGUGAGGGUUCUUCGGCCACUUAAAGCCAUUAACAGAGUGCCAAGUAUGCGUAUCCUGGUGAACCUGCUGCUAGACACUCUACCCAUGCUGGGCAAUGUGCUGCUGCUGUGCUUCUUCGUCUUCUUUAUCUUCGGCAUCAUCGGGGUGCAGCUGUGGGCUGGACUUCUGAGAAACCGUUGCUACCCUGAGGAGAACUUCACUGUCCCUUCAGGUAUGACCUUACCUGCGCCAUACUACCGGCCAGAGGAAGAUGAUGAACGCCCCUUCAUCUGCUCCCUGGCAUCUGAUAAUGGUAUAAUGUCAUGUACUGAUGUGCCAGCAAGGCGUGAAGGAGGACGCAUAUGCUGCCUGGAUAAGGAGGAUGCUCUCCACAGACAGGCACUGGGCCUGAGUCCUGAGCCUCUUGCCAAUAGCAGUAGUCCUGGUGAAGCAAUAGGGCUAUGCAUUAACUGGAACCAGUAUUACACUCGGUGCCACACUGGGAAUACUAACCCCCACAAAGGUGCCAUCAACUUUGACAACAUUGUCUACGCCUGGAUUGUAAUUUUCCAGGUGAUCACUCUAGAGGGCUGGGUUGAGAUAAUGUAUUAUGUAAUGGAUGCCCAUUCCUUCUACAACUUCAUCUACUUCAUCUUACUCAUCAUUAUUGGUUCAUUCUUCAUGAUCAACUUGUGCCUAGUGGUUAUUGCCACCCAGUUCUCAGAGACCAAACAGCGGGAGCACCAGCUGAUGCAGGAGCAAAGGGCGCAGUGCCUGUCCUCCUCCACCUUGGCCAGCAUGGCUGAGCCAGGAGAUUGCUAUGAGGAGAUCUUCCAGCUGGUCUGCCAUGUCCUCCGCAAGGCUAAGAGGAGAUCGGCAGCUCUCUACUACACGCUGAGGGGCAAGCCCCCGCCGGCUGGUGGAGGCAGGGGUAAUAGGCGGGGUGGAGGCAAUGUGAACGGAGAACGGCAUCAUUUGAGGCAUCCGAGAUCAUUCCACUGCCCGCACCAAAACAAGCAAGACCAUGACUCUCAGCCACAAGCCAAUUCCAUCAGUCUGUCUGUCCCUCAGAAUCCUGAGGACUGCCCUAUAUGUGCAUUAUCAUUGAAGGAGGGGGUGAGGACUGUGGGAGAUUCUGCCAAUGGUGAGGAAAAUGAAGAGGAUGCUGUUAAGGAGACGAGCAAAGAGGAGAACCACUUGGAGGAGAGGGGAGAUGGAGAGAGGAAGCGGAAAAGGACGUGCUUUGGACAUUGUAAGGACCUUUGGAACAGUAUAAGGAGGAAGCUUUGGGGCAUUGUGGAGAGCAAGUACUUCAGCCGGGGCAUUAUGAUUGCUAUUCUCAUUAACACCAUCAGCAUGGGUAUUGAGCAUCAUAACCAGCCUGAGGAGCUGACCAAUGUCCUGGAGAUCUGUAACAUUGUCUUCACCAGCAUGUUCACGCUGGAGAUGAUCCUGAAGCUGACUGCCUUUGGCUUCUUUGAAUACUUGAGGAACCCAUACAACAUCUUUGAUGGCAUCAUCGUCAUCAUCAGUGUGUGUGAGAUCAUCGGCCAGGCAGACGGUGGUCUGUCAGUGCUGAGGACAUUCAGGCUUUUGAGGGUCAUUAAGCUGGUGAGGUUCAUGCCUGCGCUGAGGCGGCAGCUUGUGGUUCUGAUGAAGACGAUGGACAAUGUGGCCACCUUCUGUAUGCUGCUCAUGCUGUUUAUCUUCAUCUUCAGCAUCUUGGGGAUGCACAUAUUUGGCUGUAAGUUUAGUUUGAAGACAGAAGCAGGAGACACAGUGCCUGACAGGAAGAACUUUGACUCCUUGCUUUGGGCUAUCGUCACUGUUUUUCAGAUUCUGACUCAGGAGGACUGGAACAUGGUGCUGUACAAUGGCAUGGCAUCCACCUCUCCCUGCGCCGCUCUCUACUUCGUAGCUCUUAUGACGUUUGGAAACUAUGUGCUCUUCAAUUUGCUAGUUGCCAUCUUGGUUGAGGGUUUUCAAGCGGAGGGUGACGCAAACCGGUCUUACUCAGACGAUGACAGGUCCUCCUGCAAUUUCGAUGAGAGUGAUAAGCAGAAAGACUCCCUACACCUCUCAGACCCAAAGAUAUGUACACUGACUCCUAAUGGGCACCUGGACCUAUCCCCAUUGCCGGCCAGUUUGUUUCCUGGAGAGAGGUUGACCUUUGCGCUCAGCUCCAGGAAGAAUAGUGUCAUUUCACUUGGCAGGGCCAACCUGGAGCAGAGGGCUAUGUAUCCAGGUCGUGGUUACCACAACUGGGGCCGUCCACUGCCUCCCCAGCCUCACGCCUUGUGGGCCCGCCGUUCUAGCUGGAACAGCCUAGGAGGCCGGCCGUGCUCCUCCUCAUCCCCCUCUGCUAGUCCCGCCUUCACUCCCACUUCUUCAAGGCCCUUUUAUGGCUACGGCUUGGGAGGUCUAGGAGGGGUGGUUGGAGGAAGCCUGCGAAUCCGGGGUCCCCGUGCCUCCUCAUCCCCACACCACCACAUACACCAUAUCCAGCCAGAUGAGGAGGAGUCUCUUCUCUCUCCGCCUGCUGUCGCUCCCCACUCCCUCCACCUUCCCCACCCAAUGCUCCCGGGUUCUUUUGGACCCAGGAAGGACCGCAGAGCUCUGUCGCUAGAGCUGCCCCAUCUGUUACAGGUCCCUGGACAAACUCACCCUCCUCAGCACCCGCAUCCCUCCAUGACUCUUAAUGCCAACCACAGAAAGAAGAGCCUCUCUGGAGGGAUGAUAAUCAGCAGCGGUGGCAACUUUGGAGGGCUUCACCAAGACUGUAAUGGGAAGACUCCACUGUCACAGCUCCUUCAGCCCCCUCCUAGACAUCAGACUGAGCACACAGGAGGGUCAAAUCCCCAGAGCCACCUGAUGGCUGAUGUCUUCCCUCAGGUUAACGCACGCAGCAAGGACCGGGAGGACCUGGAUGAUGACAUUGACUAUAGCUUGUGUUUCCGCAUCCAGAAGAUGUUAGAAGCGUACAGACCGGACUGGUGUGAGACGAGAGAAGACUGGUCCGUUUUCCUUUUCUCCCCGCAGAACAAGUUCAGACAGAUGUGCCAAUCUAUCAUUGCCCACAAGCUGUUUGACUACGUAGUACUGGCCUUCAUCUUCUCCAACUGCAUUACAGUGGCGCUGGAAAGACCCAAGAUACUACAGGGCAGCUUGGAAAGAGUCUUUCUUACCAUCUCCAACUACAUCUUUACUGCCAUCUUUGUGGGCGAGAUGACACUCAAGGUGGUUUCCAUGGGUCUGUAUAUGGGGGAACAGGCUUAUCUGCGGAGCAGCUGGAACAUUCUGGAUGGUUUCCUGGUUUUUGUGUCUUUGAUUGAUAUUGUCGUGUCCAUGGCCGGAGGAGCCAAGAUCCUGGGUGUGCUCAGAGUGCUCAGGCUGCUGAGAACACUGCGUCCCCUCAGAGUGAUUAGCAGAGCUCCAGGCCUGAAGCUGGUGGUGGAAACUCUCAUCACUUCCCUCAAACCCAUUGGCAACAUUGUCCUCAUCUGUUGUGCAUUCUUCAUCAUCUUUGGCAUUCUCGGGGUCCAGCUCUUUAAAGGCAAGUUCUUCUACUGCUUGGGUCCCGAUGUCAAAAACAUCACAAACAAGUCUGACUGUCUGCAAGCCAACUAUAAGUGGGUUCACCAUAAGUACAACUUUGACAACCUGGGACAGGCUCUGAUGUCUCUGUUUGUACUCGCCUCCAAAGACGGCUGGGUCAAUAUCAUGUACCACGGUUUGGAUGCUGUGGCUGUGGACCAGCAGCCGAUAACCAACAACAACCCAUGGAUGUUGCUGUAUUUCAUCUCCUUCCUCCUCAUUGUUAGCUUUUUUGUCCUCAAUAUGUUUGUUGGCGUGGUGGUGGAGAACUUCCACAAGUGCCGUCAACACCAGGAGGUGGAGGAAGCCAAGAGGCGUGAGGAGAAACGUCAGCGGCGCAUGGAGAAGAAGAGGAGGAAGGCCCAGAAACUGCCCUACUAUUCCAGCUAUGGCCACAUGCGCCUGAUGAUCCACACACUGUGCACAAACCACUACUUGGAUCUCAUCAUCACCUUCAUCAUCUGCAUCAACGUUAUCACCAUGUCCUUAGAGCACUACAAUCAACCUCAUUCUUUGGAUCUUGCCCUGAAAUACUGCAACUAUUUCUUCACCUCCAUGUUUGUGCUGGAAGCAGUGCUCAAACUCAUUGCCUUCGGCGUCCGUCGCUUCUUCAAAGACAGGUGGAACCAGUUGGACCUGGCCAUAGUGCUCCUGUCAUUGAUGGGCAUCACACUGGAAGAGAUUGAGAUCAGCGCUGCCCUGCCCAUCAACCCCACCAUCAUCAGGAUCAUGAGAGUGCUGAGGAUAGCACGAGUACUGAAGCUGCUGAAAAUGGCAACAGGAAUGAGAGCCCUGUUGGAUACAGUAGUCCAAGCCCUGCCUCAGGUGGGUAACCUGGGCCUGCUCUUCAUGCUGCUGUUUUUCAUCUACGCCGCCUUAGGAGUAGAGCUUUUUGGAGAACUAGUUUGCAAUGAAGACUACCCAUGUGAGGGUAUGAGUCGUCACGCUACCUUUGAAAACUUUGGCAUGGCCUUUCUUACCUUGUUUCAAGUCUCAACGGGCGACAACUGGAAUGGCAUCAUGAAGGAUACAUUGCGGGAGUGCCCACCAGACCACGGUACUGAUGUGGACUAUGCCUGCAAUCCAAGCCUUCAGUUUAUCUCGCCAAUGUACUUUGUCUCCUUCGUGCUCACCGCCCAGUUUGUGCUCAUCAACGUGGUGGUGGCUGUGCUGAUGAAGCACCUGGACGACUCCAACAAGGAGGCCCAAGAGGAGGCGGAGAUGGAUGCAGAAAUUGAGCUGGAGUUGGCCCAGGGCACCCUCUGUUGCAUGGGCGCCCCCGGUUGUGGGGGUGGGGGGGUGGACAAAGGACUAGUCGUUGCUGGAUCAGGGCCUGGAGGACCAGCAAGGGGAAGAGACAGAGGGAGUGCCAGAGGAGAGAAGGGAGAAGGCGUGAGAAAGAUGCGACAUGCAGUGCCUAUUGCACACCAAGGACCGUAUAACUCCAGUGACUCCAGCCAGACUAUGUACUCACCAGCACAAGAGAGCCAGUGGUUGGACAGUGUAUCUCUCCUGAUCAAGGAUACCUUAGAGGGGGAGAUGCUGAUGAUCGACAACCUCUCCGGUUCUGUCUUCCACCACUACUCCUCUCCUCAGCCCAUCUGCAAAGACUGCAAGGGCCAACCACAAGAGAUCAGAAUGGCAGAGAUUGAACAGGCUUCCCUGAAGUCAGAGCAACUCUCAGACAAGUCCUCGUCCCCUGCCCUGCCGGAUGACCUCAGCCUAGAUGAGCAUACUGCCUACCAGCUGCUGGCACAAGAAGGCGAGGUAAAGUGCAGCAGUGACUCUCCAAGCAGCUCUGAGGAGGUUGAAGGUGGAGGAAGUCUCGAAGGAGGCCACCAGAUCCAGACUGUGGUGCAGAGCCAGCCAUGCAGGGCCCUCAGCACAGGCAUUGAGAUGGAGAUUGUACUACAGGAGAUGGAAAUGCAAAUACACCAACCGCAUGUGUGUUCACCUCAGUGCAGUCCCGCCAUCCCAGUACCUCCCCGCAGUAGAAGCCUACGUUUGUCAAGGGGCCUUAGGCUGGCCUCCCGAGCCUCCUGGGCUUCGUUCCGCUCGCCUGGAGCUCAUAGAAAGAAGCUCUGCACGCAGUACCCCUCCCACAGUGAUUCAUCCCUUGCUACAGGCAGCUCUGAAGGCAGCCUUCAGACCACCUUGGAAGAAGGACUGAGCUUCAGUGUGUCUCCCCCUCAGAAUUUAGACUUUCCAUUGUCGUCAGCUCCAUUGCCACUUAUGUGUCCUCUCCCUCUGCCUGAAGACGCCACCUCCAUUUCUUCUCCAGUCCAGACACUGAGACCACGACCGAGUCCAUCAUCGGGUCUAACCCUUCUGGCCACCAGGGGUCACCAGCGGAGCCAAAGCAGCGGGCGUGGGAGCACCAGCCCAGGCUACACCCGUGAUGACUCAAUCGACCCUUCAGAUGAGGACCUGGGCAUAGGGAUUGGAUCGUCUAUUGGUGGUUGUGGCUCCAGUCAAGCGGGCAACAGUGAACACUUGUCAGAGGCACUGAGCAGCUUGUCGCUGACAUCACUGCUGUCACCCAGCUCCCUGGUUUACCCAGGAGGAGCAGUAAAGAAGUGCAACAGCACAGGCAGCCUGGACCAAGGGGGGAUUCUGCUGUCUUCCAGGAGCAGGGAGGGUCGCAGAGAGAUUAUGGGUCUGGAACUUAUGGACCCCCAGGGCUUCUUGGCCAACCCAUGGACUGGGGUGGAUACAAGAAGAGGAGAAGGAAGAGGGGAAAUAGGCGAUGGAGACCAAGGAAUGAAGGGGAAGAGCUCAAGCCAAACAACAGUAGGGCCUUGUCGAAAAAACAGAUGAAACCUAAUGUUUACUUUUUCUUUGUCUCUCCAUUCCUUGGAUCUGAACCCAUUGCUAUCCCUCUCACUCUCUCUGCCUCAUCAGUGAGAGAGAGGUUUGAUGACACAUGAUUCCAAAACCAAACCCUCAUCUUGCCCCCUCAACCCAUUUCUAUACAUUUGUGACAAGCCCAUAUCCUAUUUUGUGUUAUCUAGGGGAGUGGUCUUGCUUAUGGUCUGUUAGUGUGGAAGUGGCCUUUUAAGGCCCAAGAUCUGAAGGCAGGUUCUCCAACCCACUUGGGGCUGUACCAGCAGAGGAGGCCACGGAAGCUCCUGUUCACGUGGGAAACCCAGGAGGAGAUACAAAAGGGUUUGAACUCAAAGACACAACAAAGAGUCUUGAUGUUGCUCGACUGUAAUUUCCUUUCUCUGUGAAAGGUUCACCGAGGUUGAAAAUCCAAAAAUAGAAGUACCCAAACGAGAAAUAGCUAUCCAUGCCAACAGAGGAUGUUUUGAUUCUCUUAUGUCUCAGAGGCAGUGUGGCAAGUACGUGGGCGGUGGCUUUGUGAUGGCGGAAUAUAUGAAGGCGGAAGGAAGACUGGGAAAGGAGAAGGCAGGUCAUUUGUUUGGCUGGAAAAGCAGAAACCGGAUCUAAUGUCCAUCUGUUCUGGCAGACGGAAACAACAGGUCUUACUCACUCUGGCACAGGAGCUUCUGCUGAGAUCAGAGUAAAAUACGAGGGUGGAGGAAAGUUCAGGAAUGUUUGCUCACGUUUGUGUGUGAGAGCACUGCCUCAGGUAUCCAAGGCAUGAAUUAAAUCAUUCUCACCACUGCACCGUACCUCUGUGUUUUUGAAACGAGGGAGAGAGGUAUCAACCGAGGAAAGUUUUGUGCUGUCUGUCAACUCGGUCUUCGGUGGCACCGGAAAAUGAAAAUAAAUUAACUGACUAUGGAGGUAUAACUGUGCAUGGCGUGAUUCGUGAAAUUGGUUAUUUUCCUUUCUAUUGCCAGCAUUUCUCACUCAUGAACAUGAAGAAAUAUAGCAUAACGGAGAGCUAGGUUGGAUGGAGAUUCACAAACCCGGUCAGAAGACGCACGCAUUGUGUGCAUGGGGCGGCUUUUCUUGCACUGAAAAUGUGCAGCUCCCUCACUCAAGUGAGACUUAAAGCACACACCUUUUGGCACCACUUCCUCUCACUAUGUUUAAGGAUUUAAAGCGAAUGGACAAAAAAACUCAAGUGUUGACCUUGACUGCAUGAUGGGUUUGCAUUUAACCACGAUUUUUAACUAUAUAAAGAAGUGUAUUGAGAUGUCAAUGUUGGGUGAUAACCAUGUGAUUUCUAUUCCACUAUUUUUGUAGAAAAGAGAAUAGGCACGUGCAAGUGUUGCCGUUAAUUUGUCCCUAUUUAAUUUAACCCAUGCAGUGUCUUUGACUUUGUUGUCUAGGACUUUUUUUUGUCUGCCAGUGGCUUCCAGUUUUCUAACAUUUUUUCUAAGGUGUGGACAGUGUAUAAAACAACGAAGCAAAAAAUUUCAAACAAACUUUGUGCGCUGAAGUGAUUGUUCCCUCCAGCACAUUUCUCUUUGGGAACACUGGUUCCUCGUGAUUUUAUUUUCCAGAUGUUGGAGUCUCAGAGGACAACCAGAGGUGGGACCAGCCAUACUCACUCACCACAUGGGGACUCUCUAGCUCAAAGACAUUUCCUGCACACCAGGGAACUUUGUUUGCUUUUAGUCUCCUAUGCUAAAAACCACAAACAGCGUGCACCAUCUCUAUGAAAGCUUUAAUUUGAGCGUUACACCAUAACAUAUCGAUUAUGGGCACAUUUGUGUCCCUUAAGCAUGAUUCUGGGAUUGCAAUACAGUAUGCUUAUUCUUGAAAUGACACCGCGAUGCACUCAUCUUCUCUUUUUUCCCCAUCUCUUCACACAUACAGUAUGUUGUAGCAGCCCUUUCAACACACCAUGGUUUGAUAUGAAAAGCUGAAACUGUAACAGCGGAACAAGACUUUGCGUCUUUUAAUGGAAACUUAUUUUGGCUUCCACCACUUGAUUAACUACUCCAUCCGAAAAGGAGACGCUCAUCUUUAAGCCUGAUUUCCAGAGGUAGACUGUUGUAUCCCUGGUGUUUCGAUCAUUACCUUAUUUUUUUUUUCAUUUCUCAAGAGGAAUGAGGUGAUGUGAGAAAAUCUGAGGGUUUGACCUUUUUUAAUCAUGCAAAAUCACUUUGAUGACUAUGUUUUAGCACAUGGUGUUGGGUAUUAAGUGAGGCAUUUGUGUGUGCGCGCGUGCGUGUGUGUGCGUCUGUGUGAGGGAGUGCAUGCGCAUGUGCGUUUGUAACUUCAGGUGAAGUGUUUGCCUUUUCCUGAAGUGUCCUGUUUGUCACUGAGGGUACCUGGAGUUAAAGGUCGAAGAGGGAAAACACGAAGCAACCAAGGGCUGUUUUAGCAUCAAAGAUAUAUCCUCCUAUCUUUCUGAGACAAAUCCUUGUGUCACUGAAUAUGGCAUCAAAGGUUAAAGCCUGACUUCACAGCAAUAAAUGUUCUAUGUGUAUGCCCUGAGUAAAUGAUGUCAAUGUGAUUUUUAUCUCCUCAGAACACAACAGUACUCAUUACUGUCUGUUUUCGCUUCUGCUCGUCUCAACUUCCAACAGGUCACCUCUGCCCUCUCUAAAACCAGUCAGUAGGGAGAUGGGCUCCAAUUGGAUAAUAUGAGUAAAUGAGGCUAACAAACUCAGGUCGGGGGGUAAAAACCACUAGUUAAAUUUUAAAGAUAGCUGUAAAGUUGUGCUCAGACAGAAAGCAAAGCAAAUUUUCGCCUUGCUUUAUUCGCACAGGUUUGACGGCUUGAGUGUUUUGUGCACUGUGGGUUUACACACUACAGGCAUCGGAAAUUAGACACAACAAGCUAACAACGCACCAAAUUUGUGCAUGAGUAGAGUGUGCCUUCAUACACUACGUGUGUGCUACAACUCUCACUUAGACUUACUUUCAAAACCUACCAAGAUGUUUCUGCCGUUUGCUCUGAGACCUUUUUUUUCCCCCCUCCUUGUCUUCUUGUAUAUUUAUGAGUGCAAAGACUCAGAAAAAGCGCACAUCUUUUCAAAUGUGUUUUUGCUCCCCCCGUCCACGCUGCCUUUAUCAAACCCAUGUCCACCUGUACACUCUAUAUUGUAUAAAGUCAUGUCCGUCUCUAAAAUUUGCUUCACCUUCAGUCUGAACACACCUUAAGAGUGUACAAUUCACAUUUGUACAUAUCUUUGUAUUUUGAUCUGCAUGUGUGCAUUGCUGCCAGUGACCAUGAAUAUAUCAUUAGUAUGCAUUUCAUAAAGCUGUAAAAAGGUGAAGGGAAUGCCCCGGAUGUUUUUAACUGCUGCUU